AUGGCUGCUAAUACCACCAAUUGUUUGAAGGCUUUCCUUGUCUUUCUGAUCGUCCACCUGCCUUUUCUAGUUCUGUCAAGGUGUUUGGAGCACAAAAAUCCACAAUCCUUCAACACGCUUCUCAGUCUAGAGGGACUAAGCAAAGGUCAGACAGACAAAAAUCUUCCUUACCUCAGACAGUACCUCAAAAGGUUCGGUUACUUGAACUACAAGGAAACCACCUUAAACGGGAACUACUUCGACGAAGUUUUGGAGUCCGCAGUCAAACUGUAUCAGAGGAAUUAUCAUUUGAAGGUUACAGGGAAGCUUGAUUUUGAUACCGUUAAGAAAGCUGCAAAUCCACGGUGUGGAUUUCCAGAUAUUGGGUUACGUUUUAAGAGCAUUAAUAAUGGUGAUCAUACAAAUAAUGGAGACGACGACCCCGAUUUCCUAUUUAUCAAAAACAGUUCUCUCUAUAAAUUCUUUGAUGGAAAUCCCAAAUGGCCAGCUGAAAAAACCCAUCUCACAUACACAUUCAUCUCCGCUGUUCAUCCAAUUCCACAGGAAGAUUUAAGCUCUGCUUCCUCACAAGCAUUUGCAGAGUGGACUAGAAACAGUAAAUUCACAUUUGCGGAAGUUCGGGAGGGUGCAGUGUCCGACCUUAGGCUUGGUUUCUUUGUUGGUGAUCACGGGGAUGGUCAUCCCUUCGAUGGUCCUUUAAACGUUUUAGCUCAUGCAUUUGCACCAACUUACGGAAGAUUGCACUUGGAUGGAGCUGAGGCUUGGAGCUUAAGCCCACCACCUCCUGGCCAGAUUGAUAUAGUUUGGGUGACUAUGCAUGAAAUUGGGCAUCUUCUCGGACUUGCACACAGUUCAGAUCCCAAUGCUGUUAUGUUUGCCCAAGUUACACCUGGAGUUGCUAGGAGAGCUUUGACCCCUGAUGAUAUUGCAGGCAUACAGGCUUUGUAUGCCACCCCGUAG